ACCAAGUCCAAGUUUAUAUACCCGUAUGCAUUGCUUUCAUCUCAGUCCCUGUGGAACUUCCGCAGCUAAUAAUCACCGAUGUUAGAUCAAUGACGAUGAAUCCAUAUAUUAGCUGGGCUAUUGUGCUCGUGGUCGCUGGUAGUCUAGGAUGGUACUACAGCGAUACAAACGCCAAAACGAAGAGUCCUGCAAAGCCCCUUCUGGAAAAGACAGAAGCCGCGCCUGUUGCCAAGAAACAAAAACGAAAGGCGAAGAAAUCUCCUGAGCCCUCCGCCGCUCCGAGCGAGAAGCCCGCCUUUGAGUCCAAGGCGCCAGAGAGUGAUAUUCCGGAUGAGGAAAUUGACCAGAAGGAGCUGGCGAAGCGGUUCGCCGCUGUGAAGAACGGCACUUCUUCCUCCCAAUUUGCCAGCGGUGAAAGCAAGAGCCAAAAGAAGAAGAAGAGCAAGGCCGCUGCUCCCCGACAGCUUGAACCCACCAACGGCGAGCGCUCCGCCUCUCGUGUCUCCACUACUACGUCUUCGACUACCGGCGCUGAUGCUGAUGAUGACCUCUCUCCGGCUGGCUCCCCUCAGGUCAAUGCCACGGUUCCUGCGGCCGGUUAUGUCUCCGACAUGCUCGAGGCCCCUGCCCCUGGAGCAUCUGUCCUUCGUGUGACUGGCUCCGUCGACUCUGAUUCGCAGAAGAAGAAGGCCAAGCCUCAGAACUUCAAGCAAGUGGAGACCAAGAAGCAACGUCAACAGCGAGUAAAGAACGAGGCUCGCAAGCAGCAGGUCCAGGAAGCUGAAGAGCAGCGACGCAAGCUACUUGAGAAGCAGCUCCACACCGCUCGCGAAGCUGAGCGUCGUGAGGCUGCCAAGUCGACAUCGGCUUCUCAGACUAAUGCCUGGCAGACAAAGAACACCCGUGAGGCUGUUAACGGCACUGCGCCAGUCUCUCAGAGCCCCAAUGUUGAACUGCUAGACACUUUCGAACCUGUUGCGCCCUCCGCCAAGUCUCCUGCUACUUCCCAGGAGUACCAAGCACUUCCCUCAGAGGAGGAGCAGAUGCGCAUUCUUGGCGCCUCUAACGGGCAGGAUGCUUGGACCACCGUUGGUACCAAGAAACCUAAGAAGAAGGGCGGAAGGACGGACGAAAGCGAGGCCAGCGCCUCUGAGAGCCAGCCGAUCCCAUCUGCACCUACACCUGUCGAGCCCAAGGUCAAAGUGACACCCACCUAUCUCCCCGACAUUCUUCGAUCCAACACGAAAGGACAUCCUCUUGAUUCCGACUGGGCCGCAUGAACGAAAUUAACCUACUUCCUUGAGACGAAAUAUGUAUCCCAUCUAGGGAUGGAUCCCUCUACCUUUGGAGUAUUCUCACCAUGGGCCGCACUUCUUACUUUUGGUUUGGCGUUCGGGGUGCAUCAUUAUACCAAAAAGUUGCCGCGUGUCUGGCGACAUGGUUUGCUUCAGCAAAGGAGACGAUAUUCGGAUAUCGAUUAGCACCGCAAACAUUCAACCCCAAAAAAAGCAGAAAAGCACCGUAACAAAGAACGAAAAAAAAAAGAGAGAUUCAAAUCAAAAUCAUGUCUUCUUUCACCUUGUUUUGCCCAAGCUCAUCUUGUCGUCCUUCCUCCCUCUUCACACAUGUUCUUAUCCAGAUUGAUGUUUUUUUUCGGGCAUUAUCAUGCGCUUUCGGAUUCUUAUAAGUUUCUGGUAAAGCUGAUUGAAGCGGAACAAGGGAGGCUUUUCUUCUACUUUUGUGUAUUUUACAUUUUGUACUGUUAGUUCAGACAUUGCAUUGCAGCUUGGGGAGGUGUAUGAUCACAGAGUCCAGAAUAGUACAUGUGUUGUUUACCUUGUUCCCUUUUUUUGAUUGUUUUGACAACCCUUGCUUGAUCUGCCGGGGCUGAUUGAUUGGCCUCGGGAACGAAGAUCACGGGGUACCACUACCUACCUUGCUGAUGAAAGUGGGGUUGAUUCGAUAUCGCUGCGUGUGUCUGCGGCGUGCGCAACGCAGUCUAGAAUGUACUGAAGACUAUCUUUCUGGAUAUGAUAAUACUCUGGGAUCAAUUUCACAUGGCAAUUUCACAGAGAAUCUAGUGCAAUUCGCCCGAUGCAGGAUCGGCG